GGCGACACAACAGGAAAUCGCGCUGCCUUGGCUGGGCGGCCAGGCGGGAGCAGAGAGCUGUGCCGAGCCGUCCCAGGGGCGCUCCUGUCCCCUGGCCCUUCACCCCUCUGGGCAGCUCGCGGAGAGUCCGCGCCUCUGCCGCCCUCCAUGGAAGGGGGACAGGAGCCAGGGAGCAGCCGCUGGCCCCAGGGUGGAAGAUGCAGGGCCGAAGCCCCCAGCUGAGCAUGGAGCUGAACAGACUACUCUUCCUCACAUCCUUCCUCCUGCACUUUGAGGGCCAUGCCAGCCCAACACGCCUCAUCUGUGACAACAGACUCAUACAGAAGUACAUUGAGGAGGCCAAGGACAUGGAGAAGAAAGCGGGCCAAUGCCAGGCACUGCCCACACUCAGCUGUCCUGCGGUACUGCCCUUGGUAGACUUCAGCCUCCAGCAGUGGAAAUCCAAAUCGAGAGAAACCAAGCGGCGGGAGAUCCUCUGUGACCUGGCACUGCUGGUGGGUGCUGUGGCAGGGGCCCAGAGCCAGGUGACUGAGGAGUGUGGGGCCUGGCAGCUGAGCCAACUUUACCGACGCACCAACUCCUUCCUCCUGCUCCUGCAGACCUUCAGCUGGAAGGAAGGACCCUGGGAGCCAGGCUGCUCCCCACACUCCAUGGAGCAGACCCACAUCACCAGCAUCUUCCUCACCUACCGGCAGCUGGUGCAGGGGAAGCUGCACUUCUUCUUCCACGAUCUGGCCAAGGACUCGUGCAAGCAAGGCCAGGAGGGUGGCAGAGACCCUCGGUGAGGCUGCGCACAGGGCUCACCCCUAAUCCCAGGUCAGAGCAAUCCUGCCAGAUCUUGAACUGUGCUCUGGGUGCCCAGGAAGGUACCUGCAGGGAAAGGGUGCGCUCUGGCACCUCAAGCCUUCGAUGAACUUCCAGCCCAUGGAGGCAGACAGCAGCAAUGCCUGUGUGCCCGCAGGCACAGGCCCUGCCACCCAGGCAGGCACUUCUACUGUGAAUGCUUUAUGAAUACUUUACAAUUAAAGAACUAUUUUUGUAGAGAAUCAUUUGUGCUCUUUUCACC